AUGAGUCGGUGGGCCGGAGACAAUCUCAUUGAGGGAGAGAAGGGAGAAGCACUGGAAUCGGCUGUCACCGACGCCAGGAUGAGCCGAUGGCGCGAGAAGGACCUGAUCGGCGAGGAGGACCUGCGAGCAAGGGAUGCAGAAUAUUGGAAGGAAGCGAUCUUCGCCUUCGCUCAGCACGGAUCGCAGAGGCCGAUAUUCAAGAACCUCCUGGAAAACUCGCAACAAGCACUCUACGAGGAACCGCGAGACGCAAGAGAAGCAAUCGAGAGAGAUGCGGCGAUGCAGUUGAAGCACGCCCUGUCGUCAGCAGCCGCCGGAUACGACAUCCAGAUGAGCCGAUGGAUCGAGGGACCCCUGGUCGACGAGGAGGAGCUGAGAGCGAGGGAUGCAGAAUGUCGCAGAGGGGCGCUCGCGACUCUGUUCACCUGGUACGACGAUUUGGGGAAGAUGAAGGAGGAGGAACGGAAGACGAGGAUGCUCACCUCCAUCGUCACCCUCUCGAUGAUGGGAGGCACGGCUGCCCUGGCUCUGAGAAUUUCGGCGCUCGGGGCGGGGAUCCUCGUCGGAUGUUUCCUCAGCGUGGCGGUGGUGGUCCUCAUCGGGCGGUGGUGGUCCUCAGCGUGGCGGUGGAAGGAGGUUAAUGUCGGAGGGGUCCCCGAGGAUCCAAACUGGCGUAUCCUGAGAAGAAGUCGACAUAUAUUAUCGAAGAAAUUCAUGUAA